CUUACCGAGCACGUCAGUUCCUUUUCCAGGUCGCCCUGGACUCCGCCAGCGCCCUCGCCCUCGCCCAUGGUUCGUCGCAAACUGCUCGUCAGGCGCCUGCGGUUGACGCUCAGCUAGACCGCACACUUGGCGAGCCUCGACAGUACAAGGCGCCGUAGCAUAUGCAUGCCAGCACACGCUUUCAUCGGCCCGCUGCAGCCUCCAUGUUGCUUGCCGCAACGAGCGCACACUUCUCAUGUCGCUACGUCACGCGACUUGCCCACGUGUCAGCACCUCAGAACCCCGGAGUCGGUGAGAGACGGCAUCAAACAUCCGACAUGUCGCGACCAGUACAGGCGCCUGACGCCUCGUCCGUCUCGCACCCUCCCAUUUUGGCAUCUAUCAAGCUAUCCAGUCCUGUAGCGCCUGAUGUUUGGUACAUCGUUUCACCUGUGCUGCAGCCAUCGCAACUUGCUCCAGGCGUAGGCGUAUCCAAGACACGGUCCAGGUCACUGGCUUCUUUCCGCGACUAUCAGGUAUCCACGCGUUCACGCCUGAGGUUUCGAAACCUUGAUCUUCAAGUCAGUGCCAUCGAAUGCAAGACCAAAACAGGAAGACUGAACGGCAGGUUCAUAAAUCGCAUAUUUACAACUAUAUCAUAUAAUCCCUUCAUCGUACAUUCAUACAUACAAGCUCCCACACCCAUCACCCCUUUCAACCAUUAUUUUUAUAUACAGAAAAGACCGAUUGGCUAGCGACCAGCACAUAGCCCUCACCUUGCAAAUCCUCC